AUGUCUCUCCUUGACAAAAUGUCUACAGCAGUUUUGAUGGAAAAUCUCAGAGAAGAACUGACUUGUUUCAUCUGCUUGGACUAUUUCACUAGCCCAGUGACCACUGAGUGUGGGCAUAGUUUUUGUCUGGUGUGUCUUCUCAAGAACUGGGAAGAACAUAACACACCUUUAUCAUGUCCCGAGUGCUGGAGGACUUUGGAGGUUCCUCAUUUCCAGCCCAAUGAGCGUUUGGGGAGGCUGGCUGGCAUUGGGAAGCAACUCAGAUCCCAGGUGAUACAGAAUGAGGACGAGCAAAGUAGCUAUAUGAGAAUGCUGGCAGCCUCCAAAGUGUACUCGGAGGACGAGCAGAGUUUAAACUCUUUCUCAACCCAAAGUCAUGGAAUAAACAAAGGACAUCUCUCAAAUGAGGCUGAGGAGAACCACAAAGAGAAACUCCAAGAAAUUCUAAAUGUGUUGCACAAAAGGAAAAAGGAAGUUCAGUCUAUUUUAACACAUGAGAAAGAGAGAGAGAGAUUGUGUAAGGAAGAAACAAAGAACUGUAAGCAGGUUGUUGUGUCAGAAUAUAUGAAAAUGUAUCAGUUUCUGAAGGAAGAGGAACAACUACAACUCCAGCUACUGGACCAGGAAGAAAGAGAAAACUUGAAAAAACUAAGGAACAAUGAGAUUCACCUGACCCAACAAAUCAGAAGCUUAAGCAAAGUGAUUUACCAGAUAGAAUCCAUUUGUCAGAAUUCAAGUAAGGAAUCGCUCGAGGGAGUGAGAGAAGCCCUGGAAAGGAGCAAGUCACUCUUGCAGCACUGUCCAGAGACCACCACCACGGAACUGAGUCUGUGCCGCAUCACAGGAAUGAGAGAGAUGCUAAGAAAAUUCAGCACGGACAUCACUCUGGAUCCUAACACAGCCAAUGCCUAUCUUGUCCUGUCUAGUGAUCUGAAAAGUGUUAAACAUGGAGGCAUGAGACAGCAGUUACCCGACAAUCCAGAAAGAUUUGACCAGUCUGCAACUGUCCUGGGCGUUCAGAUCUUCACCUGUGGGAGGCACUACUGGGAAGUGGAAGUAGGAAACAAGACUGAGUGGGAAGUGGGCAUCUGCAAGGACUCAGUGAGCCGGAAGGGGAACCUUCCAAAGCCCCCUGGGGAUCUCUACUCACUCAUCGGUUUAAAGAUCGGAGAUGAUUAUAGUCUAUGGGUCUCCUCACCUUUAAAAGGUCAACAUGUCAGAGAGCCAGUGAAGAAGGUUGGUGUUUUCUUAGACUAUGAGUGUGGACAUAUAGCAUUCUAUAAUGUAGUGGAUGAGUCUCUCAUCUAUAGUUUUCCUCCAGCCAUAUUCCAAGGAGCUCUCCGGCCUAUCUUCUCCCCUUGCCUUCCAAACGAGGGCACAAACACGGACCCUCUUACCAUCUGUGCUCUGAAAAGCCACAUCUAA